CUCUUUAAACCUAGACCCCAAACACCCAAAAUCCCCUUCGUCAUCUUCUCCAUCCGCCGACGUUGCUCCGGUCACCGACUUGGUCCAAAGGAGCUUACUUAAUUCAGGUCCAGCGAAGAAUUCAAAUCCUCCAUACAAUCUCCAAAUUCGAAAUGAAGCAACCACCCAGCACAAUCGGAAAGCCAGUGAAGACGAAGUUUGAAGACCCCGAAUCAUCAUCCUAUUCUUCCGAAGAUGAAGAGGAGAUAGAGGAGGAGCUUGCAGAUGUGACCUUUGGGGAUUUGCAGAAGGCGCGAUCCAACGGCUCGCAUGUCUUGUUGCCUCAGCCUAAGCUUAAAGAUGACAAGAAGAAGUCUGCCCGAGCUAACAAGAACCGGCCGAUGGAGGUGAGUAGCAAGAAGCCUGUCAGUAGAUUUAGGGAGGUCAUCCAAGCUCCGAAAAAGGUGGUACGUGAUCCGCGUUUUGAAUCUUUAUGCGGAACACUGAAUGUUGAUGGAUUUAGGAAGAGAUAUGAUUUUUUGUUUUCAAACGAGCUUCCUGCUGAAAAGGAGGAUCUAAAGAAACAAUUGAAGACAUCCAAGGACCCAGAAGUCAUUGAAGAUCUAAAGAAGCGCAUAUCUUGGAUUGAUAAACAGCUAAAAUCUGAUUCGUCUAAGCAUACUGAAGCUGAAAUUCUAGCUAAGCACACUGAUAUCCGGAAGAAACGACUUAUUGAAAAGUAUAAAAAUCUGGAGGGAUCUGGCAAACUUGAUAACUUCUUGGAGCAAAGGCGAAAGAAGAAUGCUUCAAAGGACCACAGAUACAUGCCGUACCGUAGACCUGACAACAUUGAGUAGCCAACUUAGUCUCACUUGGUUGAAGCAGCAUCACUUCACUCUCAUUUUAGGAUUUAUAGGUACUCAAGGGUUGUUUCCUUGAGCUGCAAUUUGGUUGAUAAUUUUGUUGAGUAUACCAAAACAAAACAAAAAAAAGCUACUAUGAGACUUUGAUGGUGUGGAUAUUGGUAAUCAAUUUUAUUUUC